UUCAAUGACACUCGAUGUUUUCAGCAAUCAUUGCCGCUAUGAUAAAGAGUCCAUCUAUUCUAUUUGACUACAAAGCAUUGAGAUCCCGGGACGCAGACGUCAAAUAUGGGCGGAGUUUUACAUCUAACUAACACAUAUAAGGCUCAACGUUGGACCUUUUGGACCAUUCGUCUCUCUCGCGUCAGUCGAAUUCUUUGCAUUUGAAGAUUUCAAGCCAGGACCCCCGUGAGGAAAGAACGAAAGAUUAGGUGGGACUUUAAGGGAUAUUUUGGAGUGAAAGAUGAAGAAUGUUUGCUUCUUCUUGUUGUGGUUGGCAGGUGUGGCUCUUGCUGAUGAGAGAAGAGAGUUUAUCGUCUCAACCAGAGAAGACGAGGCUGUCAAAAUAGACUUCACCAAGUUCAACAAUGACCUCAAAAUUGCUCCCAAGGUACUAAUCCUCCAGAAGCCCAAGCAUGGAGUCUUCCCUUGUUCGCAGACACAAGGCUCUAUAGACCUCCAAGAAGGCUUCUGUGAUGUAAUCACUACCUAUUUACCCAACCCUGACUUUUCUGGCGAAGAUACAUUUGCAUAUUCGUACCUCCUCGAAAACAUGACAGCGACGUCUGACGGUAAUUACUUCGUACGUGUAAUUGUAAAACCCAAACUAAACACUGUUGAAGCGGUAUCCGACUAUGCUACCAUGACAACGGAGGAUGAUCACGUGCGUAUUGCAGUUUUGAAAAACGACCUGUUCCAGGACAAAGCUGAUGUUUGUAUUCAGACGAAUGUGGCUGCAGUUGACGAAGAUGCCGAGGUCCGUUUCGAGGAUGUGGCACCGAGUUUGGGUAUGACUUCAAUACAAUCUUUGCCACCAAAGGCUCCUGACUGCUUGUUUGAUCAAUACGACCCCAAGCUAAAGCUAUGGAUCAAAGGGUCGUUCUGUCUGCCUGAUCUCAGUAGUGGUACAGCAGCACUAGCAGACUAUGAUGGUGAUGGUCUGAUGGAUAUCUAUUAUGCAAGAGCUGAUGGACCUGAUGAACUUUGGCGUAACAUGGGCCACGGGACUUACAAACUGGUCACCUCAGAGGCUGGUCUUGAUGGGACUAUUCACCACAGAUCCACUGCGUUAGCUUGGGCCGACAUUGACAACGACGGAGAUCCAGAUCUCUUCAUCGGAACAAUGGCGGAAAAGCGCUUUUACCUGUACAUCAAUGACGGAAUGGGCUCGUUUACAGAAGAGGCAGUCAAGAGAGGAGUAGCAUUACGACCGACCAUCCCUCCUUAUAAGACAAGCACAAUGACCAUCGCUGUUGCAGACUAUGAUAAAGAUGGAUGGCUAGAUUUCUACACCACGGAAUGGCUACCUCAUCUUGAUCAAAGCUUUGAUUACAAUAAUGCUUCUCAUUCAAACUGCAAACUGUUACGAAAUCUUGGUAGACAAGGAAAGCCUGGCUAUUUCGAAGAUGUGACGGAGAAAGCUGGUCUUCAUAGGACAAUAGAACCAAAAGUGGAUGCAGAUAGGACGGAGGGUGGUGUUGAUGUGAGGUAUUAUGGUGUCUUCAACACGGGUUUACUCAAGGAUAUCUUACCUGGUCCUUACAAACUGACUGCUAUGUUUACUGAUCUUGAUAAUGACGGCCACCUAGAUCUUGCUGUCAACGGGGACUUCAGAACAAGUGCUAUCUACUGGAACAACGGAGAUGGGACGUUUACUGACGGGACCAAAGACGCGGGAGUCGGAACAGACGAGAAUGGAAUGGGCUCGACUGUAGCAGAUUAUGACUUUGAUGGCCUUCAAGACUGGCUCCUCACAAGCAUCCACAUUACACAGGAACAAAUGAAGCCCUUCUAUGAAGUGUACAUGAGCGGUGGAUUCAUAUUCGGCUAUACAGGCAACAGGUUGUACAAGAACAAAGGAGGACGCAAGUUUACUGAUGAGACAGACGCAGCCGGCGUGAGAAUUGGCCAGUGGGGAUGGGGCGCUGCCUUUUUCGACUUCGAUAACGAUGGAGAUCUUGAUCUUAUUCACACUAAUGGCUUCAGCGAUCCCGACAACACGGACGCUGAUUUUCUUCACGGGACCCGUUCAAAGCUUUAUAAAAACAAGUUCUUUGAGGAUAACACUGGGGCUGUAAGGUUUGAAGAAGUUGGCGAGAUACAAGGAGUAACAGAUAGGAAGGACGGUCGGGGACUUUUCGUGUUUGACUACGAAGAAGAUGGUGACUUGGACGUUUACAUCGUAACCAACGCAGAAAAACCCAUCCUGUAUCGGAAUAUAGGCGGGAACAAGAAUGAUUAUAUUAGAAUAAACGUCGUAGAGGCGGACAGUGGAAGGGAUAGCAUCGGAGCCAGAGUUUACUUAUACUCGCCGCGCCUCAAGAAAGAAGUAAUGAGAGAAAUCCGAAGUGUGUCAGCCUUUUCAGCGUAUGGCGAAACAACUGCUCACUUUGGACUUGGGUCUGAAACAGCAACAACCUUUACUCUGAGAGUCUACUGGCCAGUCACCAACAACACGAGAAUUAUCCAGAAAGUCUCUCGACGAUCUACUCUAACAGUACGCGAUAUCAAAAGACAAAGGAAUGCAGUAGAAGUGAUGUCAUCUCCAGACGAAUCCAUUGCAGCAUGCACGCGAACACUAGUCAAGGAAGUCUCUCGCCAACCAUCACACGGUCACGUGACCUUUGGACCCAAACACGUGACAUACUACCCAAACUCUGGUUUCAGUGGAGAAGACUCGUUUGACUAUUCUAUUGGAAAUGGCGUUAGUUUGUCUAUUGCCAGGGUCAAAGUUAAGGUCAUCAAGGCAGACAAGACAUCAGAAGGCAACGACGACAAAUACGCAUCGCUGAAGUAUGCACCAAUAGAUGGCAUUGGCAACAACCUCCACAACCCUAACUGGGGCAAACCAAUGAUGCCGCUGCUCAGAUUGGUUUCACCUUUAUACUUAGAUGGCUACGAUGAACCAGCUGGCCAAAACCGUCCAGGACCCAGGGAGAUAUCAAACGCGCUGUUUGAUCAGAGGAUUGACGUGUGGAGUAAAGAAGGACUCAAUGAUUUCCACAUGCACUUUGGUCAACUGGUCGCUCACGACACCGAUUUUGCAACGCCUUAUGCUAACUUUGUCACGGAAGAAAAUUUUGGCAUCACAAUACCAAGAGGAGACCCUUGGUUUGAUCCUCAUAGUUCUGGUAAUGAAAUCAUGCGGUUUAGACGAUCCGCUAGACUUCAAACUACUGGGAAAAUGCAUGGAACACCAAGAGAACAGGUCAACAAAAUCACAGCGUUUCUAGAUCUAUCUGUAGUAUACGGGUCACAACGAGAUCGUACUCUUAUCCUUAGAACGAUGAAAGAUGGCAAGAUGUUACACCAACAUGGCAGUGAAAUUAUCCCUCCAAAUACAAAGCAAGUACCAAACCUUAAUCUUCUUCAUGGACCUCGGGACAAGAUGUUGGUCUCGGGAGACAACAGAGUGAACGUUCAGCCAGGUCUUAUUGCGCUUCAUUCAGUAUUCUCCCGAGAACAUAAUUUGAUCUGUGAUGAGUUGAUUCAACGGUAUGGAAAUAAAGCAAUGAAUGAUGAGACCCUCUUCCAGCACGCGCGCGCCCUUACACGUGCGAAAUGGCAGAAAAUAAUUUGGGAUGAGUACCUUCCAACGAUUGUAGGGAUCAAGGAAUACAACAGACUCGGGUCAUAUCAAAACUACAAUGCUUCUAUAGAGUUUGGAAUCUUCAACGAGUUUUCGACAGCUGCUUUCCGCUUUGGUCACAGCCAAAUUGGCAACACAAUGCUGAGGUUUGAUGACAAAUGGGAAAUGUCCAAAUUUGGUCAUCUUUCCCUAAGGGAUGCGUACUUCAACCCUGGCCGGGUUGUCCAGGAAGGUGGGAUCGAACCAUUGAUUCGUGGUAUGUUGAAGCAAAUGGCACAAAAUGUAGACACCAAGUUCACUGACUCCGUGAGAAACUUCUUGUUUGGUACCAACACUAAAGGACUUGAUUUAGCUGCGAUUGGAAUCCAACGUGGAAGGGACCACGGAUUACCGGAUUAUAACACUGUAAGAGAAGCACUCGGGCUCCCAAGAAAGAUCUCAUUUGAUCAAAUCACUUCCGAUAAAGACACACAAAAUAAUUUCCAAAUCUACAAAAACACAGAUGAUAUCGACUUGUGGGUCGGAGGGCUUGCAGAAGACCAUGUCGAGGGGGGAUGCGUGGGGGAAACAUUUGCACGCAUCAUGGCCGAGCAGUUUCGAAUCCUUAGAGACGGAGACAGAUUCUGGUACGAAAACCCUGAUACCAUGCUUUACAACGUUAAAGAUCGUGCAAGUUUACCGACCAAAGGCUGGACCAUGAAUGAUAUUCUCUUCAGAACAACUGGGAUCAAAUGGAAGGAUUCUACUUUUCAUGUCAACAGUGGAGUGAAAAUGAACACUCGUCAAUAGACAGAGAACGAUUCACAACUGUGCAUGUGUAAAUAUAUACAUAUUUUUAUAGUAAAGUUCACUGGUUGCAACUAAUAACCGUGGAAGCUAGAAAUAUACUCUAAAACUAAAUAUUUUUCUUGACAACAAAUUCAGUAAAAAUUAGCAAGUCUGUGAAGCCACCAGUAGUGCAGGCGUGAUUACACGCAGCAUUUUGCAACUUGUCUAGCAAAAGCGUUGCGACAAAAGUUGCAAGAGUGUUUACACGAUGCAACGGAGACGCAAUCGUUGCCAAAAGUAGAAGCAAAUUCCACUUUUCGCAACGAUUGCUGCAACUUGUCUCACAACACUUUUUUCAAAUUGCGCUGUAGGUUACACGCUGGAAUGCUUCGUGCAAUUUGUGUCGCAACGCCGUUGCGAGACCAGUUGCAGACAAAAUUGCUCCGUGUAUUCGCGCAUUUAGGUCAUAGCUAAGUAUGGUUACCAAUGUCACUAAAGAGAUUGUGACGCUAAGCAGUAUUAGGUGUGCCAUGCUUUUAGGGGGCUGUUCACUGUUCUUUUACUCUUACUGAUUGAAUUUGAUGCGACUAAAAAGGUAAUUAUAAUCGAUCGUCAUAUCGUUGUCUUUCUGUAUUUCUGUAAUAUUAUGACUACUUUCAAACUAUUUAUUGUUAGUAACUUUAACUGAAACUUUAUAAUCUGCUUCUAUUUAAGCUAGAUAGGGUGAUUCAAGCUUGUGCCUUCUUCUGUAGUUAAUACUAUAAACUUGCCCUCAGCAACGAACUAUGAUAUAAUUAUGUUUAAAGUAUAAUAAUUUUAUAGCAUCAACGAUCAAAACAAUAUUGUAAGGCAUUUUAAUAGCUAUUUAAUAAAAUGUUUUUACAAAACA